CAAUGACGCAAGAGUACGAGGCCCUUCCCAGCAGCGCGGCGCCGUCCCGCACAAGGACGGCGUCGACGACGCGAGGCGUCCUCUGCAUCAUUCUCCGAGAUGUUGCCACGACGGUACUCCUCCUCGGCGCCUUCGGUGGAGCGACCAUGCUCCUCGCGGGGAAGCACAGUGUGCCCGCGCCUCCGGGCAUCCAGGAAGAGCUCGUGAGCUGCUGCCUCAUGGAAGACGGAGCGGGGCGGCGCUUGGCCAAGAAGCGGGGCGCCUCGUCGUCGUCGGCCGAAGAAGACUAUCAGCCGGCAUGUAAAAGGGUGUGCUCGAAGCAGUACGCGGACGCGGCCGCGGCUGCAGCAUCAGCACCCGCGUUAGACAGCUCCCUGCCGCCGUUGCUGCAGGACCUGCGCAAGUGGCGGUGCCCCGAGGAGUACUUGAGUGGCGGCAACGACACCCGGAUCAUGGAGAACCCGACAGCCCAAGUGGCCUUUGUCAACAGGCUCAAGGCAACUGCUCUUCCUGGCACCCGGUUGGUGAAGCACUACGACGAAUGGGUCAAGUGGCUCGACAUGGUCGCCGAAGAGUACCACCGAUCGGUCAACUGCCCAGACGGCCUCGAUCCCUGCUUCCAGCGCGACUUCGACACGUGCAUCGGCGUCAACGGUGGGCGCACCGUCGCCUUUGGUAGACGGACCAUCCGCAAGCUCGCCGAUCCGGAGCACAUCGCCGAGGAGGACCUGGGCAUCACCGAGCAGAGCGCGGCGUGUCAGCGGGUCAAUGCGCGCUUCGCCGAGAUGACGGCGACGACGCGCAUCGCAGAGUCGAUCGCCGACAUGCGCCGGUGCGACGAGGGCUCGGUGUGGCGUUCACAGAUUGGGCCGACCAAGGGAUCCCAGGGACAUGCGUGCUUCGUCUGCUGGCCCGUCAUGUACAAGGCCGUGCACUUUGACAUGAUGGCCAACAGUGGGUACACGUGGGAGGACAUCAACCGCCGUGCGCGAUGCCUGUACGGCUUGUACGCGAAUCUGCAUGGAUUCCUAGGCAAGACGCACGUGACGCGGCAGCAGCAGAAGGUGCUCGUCAAGGAGGAUCGCGACGAGAUGCAGCGCAGGGCGGCAGCAUACAUGAGCAAGGCCUUUGACAAUAAAGACCUCGAGAUGGCGCCGUUUGGGGUGCGCUUUGUGAUCACGGAGACGAACCGGCCCGACGAGCCCGAGCUCGACGUGUACUUCCCCAGCUUCAAGCGCGAGCAUGUUGGUCCCAAAGGCAAUGCGCUCGACCCCAAGUGGACAGGGCUGCCAAAGGCGCUCAUGCAGCACCACGCCAAUAAAAUGAUCGUGCCAGGUGGCGCCGCCUCCGCCGUCUGGACAUAUAGACACUUCCUUUGGACGACGGGUACUGCAUCCGCGAGCUCAACGAAGAAGCAGCCAGACGGCUCAGUACUGAAAACGCUGAUUCCGCGAAAGCCUCCACCUUUGCAUGCGCGUGAGUACAAGUGGAUGAUACUAACAGGACCAGACCGUGUCGCUGAUGCGCCGUUGUGCCUCAUGCAGAACGGUUGCAGCACGAUCAGUGAAGAAAUAGCUAUGGCGAAUCCUGAGCAGAUGGAGACGAUCGUAGCGAGGGACAUCAGUGAUGAAAGCUGGGCAAUCGGAUAAGUGAAUGUUACUUGCGUCUGUUUGAAUGGCCCUCGUUUGCUCAGUUUGCACAGUAGUGCGUGCGCAGUUCUGAGCCGCGCUGCAAACCCGGUGAGUGAUUUAAUGUUAUGAAACAACGCAAGGCGGACAUGC